AUGGGUAAUUGUUAAGCAUGUAUGUAUGAUCCAUAAAAUAUAAAUGAAUAUGGUGGUCAUUAGAAUACUAAAUAAGCAUCUUUGCAUUCAAUAGUUAGAAGAUCUUAACCAUUUUCAAAGGCAUCAUUAGCUGAGAUAAUAAAUACUUCAUAACAUUAAUUAAGAACAAGUCAAAAACCUUCAAUACAUAUACAAAAGGAAGCAUCAUUAUCAAUGGUAGGAGAUGGUGUGGAAAUUUAAAAAUAGAAGACUAAUUCUGAAUAAUUAAUAUCAGUGCAUUGUCCAGUACCAAAAUUAGCAUAACCUUGGGGUAGACCAUCAAGCGAAUUAUAAAGUUUGAUUGGUGCAAAAGUGAAAAUGGUCCUUAGUAAAUUGAAAGAAUACUAAUAUACUAGAGGAGAUGAUCCAGAUGCAGUGUAUUUAGAACCUUAAAUAUUUGAAUAAGGGAUGGUCUAUGAUGGUUAAUGGAAAUAUGGAUUAAGAUAAGGCAGAGGUAUAUCAUAGAUUUUAAAUAAAGGAAGAUAAGUAUGGAAAGAAGGAAGUUAUUAUGAAGGAUAUUGGAAAAACAGUUGUGCUCAUGGACAUGGUAGAUUGAUACAUGCAGAUGGAGAUUAUUAUGAAGGAGAAUGGGAUAAUGAUAAAGGUAAAUAAAUAAAAAUAAUUUUAGCCCAUGGAUAAGGAAAGUAUGUACAUGCAGAUGGUGCAAGUUAUGAAGGAAGUUGGAAAGAUGAUAAGCAAGAUGGAUUGGGUCAUGAAAUAUGGCCAGAUAGUACAAGUUAUAAAGGAGCUUAUAUAUAAAGUAAGAAAGAAGGACAUGGGUUAUUUAAAUGGCCAGAUGGAUCAUAUUAUGAGGGUGAAUUUUUAGAUAAUGCAAUUCAUGGGAUGGGUACUUAUGUUUGGGGAGAUGGUAGAACUUAUAUUGGAUAAUGGAGAUGUAAUAAAAUGCAUGGAUCUGGAGAAUUUAAAUGGAAAGACGGAAGAAGAUAUAAAGGAUCUUAUUAGAAUGACAAAAAAUAAGGUUUUGGAACAUUUGAUUGGCGUUAAUAUUUAUUUAUAAUUAAUUUAGCUGAUGGAUCAAAAUAUGUAGGAGAAUGGCAUGAAGGAAAAUAACAUGGAUUAGGAUCAGUGGUUGAUGAAAAAGGAGAAGAACAUAGAGGUAGAUGGGAUAAUGGUACAUUAUUGGAGUGGAUUACUUAAAAANGAUACUUGUAGAGAAAUGAGAAUAAUUAUAUUAGUAAAAUAAAUAAAAAGAAUAAUUAAUAUAAUUUUAAAUUAGAAAUAAUGGGUAAUUGUUAAGCAUGUAUGUAUGAUCCAUAAAAUAUAAAUGAAUAUGGUGGUCAUUAGAAUACUAAAUAAGCAUCUUUGCAUUCAAUAGUUAGAAGAUCUUAACCAUUUUCAAAGGCAUCAUUAGCUGAGAUAAUAAAUACUUCAUAACAUUAAUUAAGAACAAGUCAAAAACCUUCAAUACAUAUACAAAAGGAAGCAUCAUUAUCAAUGGUAGGAGAUGGUGUGGAAAUUUAAAAAUAGAAGACUAAUUCUGAAUAAUUAAUAUCAGUGCAUUGUCCAGUACCAAAAUUAGCAUAACCUUGGGGUAGACCAUCAAGCGAAUUAUAAAGUUUGAUUGGUGCAAAAGUGAAAAUGGUCCUUAGUAAAUUGAAAGAAUACUAAUAUACUAGAGGAGAUGAUCCAGAUGCAGUGUAUUUAGAACCUUAAAUAUUUGAAUAAGGGAUGGUCUAUGAUGGUUAAUGGAAAUAUGGAUUAAGAUAAGGCAGAGGUAUAUCAUAGAUUUUAAAUAAAGGAAGAUAAGUAUGGAAAGAAGGAAGUUAUUAUGAAGGAUAUUGGAAAAACAGUUGUGCUCAUGGACAUGGUAGAUUGAUACAUGCAGAUGGAGAUUAUUAUGAAGGAGAAUGGGAUAAUGAUAAAGGUAAAUAAAUAAAAAUAAUUUUAGCCCAUGGAUAAGGAAAGUAUGUACAUGCAGAUGGUGCAAGUUAUGAAGGAAGUUGGAAAGAUGAUAAGCAAGAUGGAUUGGGUCAUGAAAUAUGGCCAGAUAGUACAAGUUAUAAAGGAGCUUAUAUAUAAAGUAAGAAAGAAGGACAUGGGUUAUUUAAAUGGCCAGAUGGAUCAUAUUAUGAGGGUGAAUUUUUAGAUAAUGCAAUUCAUGGGAUGGGUACUUAUGUUUGGGGAGAUGGUAGAACUUAUAUUGGAUAAUGGAGAUGUAAUAAAAUGCAUGGAUCUGGAGAAUUUAAAUGGAAAGACGGAAGAAGAUAUAAAGGAUCUUAUUAGAAUGACAAAAAAUAAGGUUUUGGAACAUUUGAUUGGCGUUAAUAUUUAUUUAUAAUUAAUUUAGCUGAUGGAUCAAAAUAUGUAGGAGAAUGGCAUGAAGGAAAAUAACAUGGAUUAGGAUCAGUGGUUGAUGAAAAAGGAGAAGAACAUAGAGGUAGAUGGGAUAAUGGUACAUUAUUGGAGUGGAUUACUUAAAAAGAUUGA